AUGAUUUUUAUGCAUGUUAACACAUUUAACCGAAUUACAAAUAUUGCCCAAAUGAAAAUCCUUAUGGCAUUUUAUACCCUUAGCGUCUCCUCUCUCGACCGGCCUUACCUUUCCAGUUCUUCAUAAACCCAGAUCCCGUCUUCCGAACAGCCGUAGAUUUGAGAUCAUGCGAUCGAUAUGGAAAGGUUCUUUUGUUGAUGCGUUCUUGCUGAGACUUAAAGAGAACAAAGAACAACUCACAAACAAAAAGAUCUGGUCACGCAGAUCUACUAUCCUUCCUGAAUUUGUUGGCAGUGUCGUUCGAAUUUAUAAUGGGAAAAAUUUUGUUCGCUGCAAGAUCACCGAAGGAAAGGUUGGUCACAAAUUUGGAGAGUUUGCUAUGACAAGGAAAAGACGGCCUCACAAGAUGGAUACGAAUACAAAGAAGAAGGGCCGCUGAGUCAUCACGACCCUCCCUCCAUUAUCUGAUGCCACCAAAUUGCCAUGUCUUCAGGAAAACGACAUAUUGAAUUACUCCCUCCAUUCUUAAAUAAGUGUUUGUUAUGACUUCCAAAAUACAUUAUGAAUCAAAUGAAUGAGGACAAAAUGGUUGCUCACAUGUCACAUUCAUUCAACUUCUAAUGUAUGCAGAAAAGUUAUAAUAUACCGUUACUUAGGACCGUAAUAGACUGUUUAGUACUUCAUCCUCAAGGUGAGGAAGCCAAACCUUGUUUUGCAUUGGAAGAUUAUUGUUUUUGUUCCUCUUUUGAGGUAUGUGGGAACACAUGGUUUUGUGAGUUUUUUUGUUGUUGCAUACUUAUAAAUCGUGCCCAAGUGCAGGGUUUUGGGUA